AUGCUCUUUGCUGGAGGUUAGUAGGACUCAAAGCAAAUGGAUUUCCAUGGCAACCGACCAACCAUGCACCAAUUCGCGGUCACUGACCCCAUUUGGUAACUUUCUUUGUGUUAAUGGUCUGAGAUGAAUUCCUUGAGCUUGUGUCUGUACAUGUCCUUAAUCUUUUCUAAAUUCACCCUCCCCAUGACUCUUAAAUGAAUCCCCAAGGGGUGCACGUUUUGUUUUUUGCCCUAACACUACACAGCUGAUUCAAAUGAUCAAAGCUUGAUGAUGAGUUGAUUAUGUGAAUCAGCUGUCUAGUGCUAGAGCAAAAAACAAAACAUGCACCGCUUGGGGUCCCGAGGACCGAGUUUGGGAAACCCUGCUCUAAUCUCAUUUUAGGUAUUCAUGUAAGCAACCAAACAAUCAGUUGUGAAUAUUGUGCAUAAUAUAGUCAUAUAACUUAGGAAUCACAUUCACUGGAAAAUACUUGUUGUAUUACCAGUCAAUUGUCAGUGUGUCAAUGUCUACUCAUGUUUUGUCUUUCUACAAUAAGUGGUUGACUCUGACAUCUGUGAUCCUUAUAAGUCUAGUGAACUGUGUCAAUGUAGCCAAGAUUUCUAGAGGUUUUCUUCUGUUGCCUUGUUUUUCACCACCAUCUUAGAUGUCUUUUGUCAUACUGCACCAUACCCCGUCCUUUCCUUUCUAAAAUGUCUCUUCUCCUGGAUCCACAGACUGUGAGCCUGAAGGCGUGUCAGACUGGUCAUUUGACGAGAACUGCCUGUUCUGUUGCUUAAGACGAGACAAAGUCAAGGUAACGACUUUUCUUUUCACAUAUUUCUCUUCCUCUAUUCUGUCUUCUGCUGUUCCACCCCUAGUUGAGUAUGCCUGGUGCAUUGUCACACUACAAAAGCAGCAGCAAUAUUGUCAUUUAGAAACACCUUCUUGUUUUUGAUUGAAUGAUUAGAUGAUUAGAAAUUGAAUCAUUCAACAGUCUCUCUCACAACUGUUGUAAAUGUACCUAUCUGCAGUGAAGUGGUAUUAAUAUUUUUGAAAGAGAGAAGUUUACAAAGAAGCACCUUCAAAACUGAAUGUGGAACAACUAGGACUAGGCUGUAUGAAUAGGUAUUAUUCUGAAAGAGACCUAGAGGAAGUAGCUAUAGGCCUCAUUUAUUCUGAAAGGGAGAACGUUUCAGAGCACAUUCAGACCUUGAGGAACUAGACUGUGUUAUGAAUUGUUAGUAUUCUGAAACAUGGAACUGGCUUUGAGGCCAGAUUUGUAUUUGAAGGCCAUACAUACUGAAUAGAAUCUAAUGGAGGCGGAUUGGAGGGAGGUUUGCUGAAACUUCACCCAGCAACUGGACCUUAGCCUAUAGAGAAGCAGAGCUGUGUCCAAUAAAGCAGAUCUGCACAUAAAGAUAAAUAAAAAGAACAAACUGCUCAUCCUCCCGUACCUCCUGCCUACUGUACUCAUCUAGGAACUCUGUCCGGCUUUCAGCUUACUCUUGAAAGUUGUAAUAGUAGAAUGCACAAGGUGCAAUUUAGAAAUUGGGUAGUGCGUCAUCAGUUUUCCUCUUGUCAUGUCAGUCAUUGCAAACCUUAGAGAGCUAUUUAUAACUUGUCAGAAAUGUCUGUUAACGUUUUUUAGUUAGGUUUUUUUAGCCCAUAGAUUUUGUUGUAAUGUUUGAGUUCCUCAAAUAUCACACGAAUACACAUUAGACAUGGCAAAAUGUAGAGAAUUGCACGAAAAUGUGCUAUAAAUCUGAAAAUAAUUCUCGGAACCCCAUGACGACAAAAUGUGUAGAAUUACAGUAAAUAAGCUUUAAACAUGCUAAAUUUGAUCUCCGCCAACAAGAGGGGUGUGAACCGUUUGUCAUAAACAGUGCUUCUGUACAUAGAAAUAGACGUGCCGCGCGGAUGUUCCCCAAUGCUGGAAGGGGGGCCUGGGUGAAAAGGUUUGGGAACCCCUGAUCUAGGAGAACAUAGACAUUGCCCCUAACUACAGAUACAGGCCAGGGUCAAAUAUUUUUGAUCUCCCUAAUGGUUAAAGCCCCCAUGCAUUCAAGGCAUUUAUUUCAAACGGCUCUUACACAUGAGGGGCAUAUCAUCAUUUUCACAAUUUCAGAGUUAUUUUGACCUCAUAGUUUGGAAAUAUCAUUUUUAAAAACGGGGAAAUCAUGUAUUUAACGGCACUGCUCCUUUAAGGUUACCAUAGGGGUUGGGGGUAAUCUGAUCCUAGAUCUGUGGUUAGGGGAAUCUUCGAUCUACCACAAGCAUUCUGCUAACCCACACAGCACAUCCUUAGCUUGCGCUGUGACAAAUCUGCUGCAAUUAUUCAAUAACCUUUCCAGAGAUCCACUGGUAUGAGCACCGUGUAGGGGUCUGUAUAAUGAAGAUGAUGACAGGUGCUCUUAGAAUACACUCACCAAGAUGAUGUUAUAUUAAUUUGUCAUAUGCCACAUCAGGUCUCUCAUGCAGCAAAGGUAUUUCUAUAUUUUUAUAAAGUGGUUGGUUCGAGCCCUGAAUGCGGAUUGGCUGACAGCUGUGGUAUAUCAGGCAUAUGCCAUGGGUAUGACAACAUUUAUUUUCACUGCUCUAAUUACGUUGGUAACCAGUUUAUAAUAGCAAUAAGGCACCUCGGGGGUUUGCUGUAUAUGGCCAACAUACCACGGCUAAGGCACUCCGCGUUGUGUGGUGCGUAAGAACAGCAUGUAGCAGUGGUAUAUUGGCCAUAUACCACACCCCCUCGGGCCUUAUUGCUUAAGUUCAUGUCUACCAUAUGCCACAGCAUGUCAAUGCUACUGCUAAGGUGCUAUUCCAGUUGUUUCUCCGUCACUAAGCUGUGUUUCUGUUUCUCUCUUCUCCCAGGAGCACUUAGUUGGCCUGAGCAACCAGGGGUUGGAGAGCGGUGCUAAACCCCUGCUGGUCAAAGACCAGACCAAGAUCAGCAGACUCGAGAAACAAGCAGAGGAAUUCCUUAAUGCAGUCCUCUACAAAAAAGGUACGUCUUCACUUACCAAGAACAGUGUUUGUUACAGUAAUUUCUGUAAGAUUGUGUAUCGACAGGAACAUCUAACAGGAAUAGACUAUGUCUGGAAGUGGACCAUAUGUGUUCUUAGUUACAUUUGAGAAAACUGUUGCUAUGAUUGAGAUGGCUUUCGCUCACAGGCUUUAGGGUCAACUGUCUCUACAGAUAUCUUUGUAACGUUAUUUUUCCCUCUCCCUCCCUCAGAUGUCCCCAGCUUCUCAGACCCGCAUAUUCCAGUAGUGGCUCUGGAGAUAAUGCAGAGGAUGAUCCGCCAGUUUGCUGCAGAAUAUACCUCAAAAACCAGCUCCUCUUCUCAGGACAGCCACUCCGCUCCCAGGCCUGCUCCCCACCCAGACCAAAGCCUGCCUCCUCCCCCCUCGCUGCCCACGGUGCCCCCUGCUGCCAGCCCCGGUGGUACUGCGACCGCCUCCGUACCCAGCCAGAACCCUGUCCUCUCCAAGCUGCUGAUGGCUGACCAGGACUCGCCUCUCGACCUCACUGUCAAGAAGCCUCUGCCACAGCCUGUAGAACAAGGUACCAGCAGAUGCACUAGUGCUGGUAGUAGACUGACCCAGCAGACACCCUUGUACUGGUAAUAGAUUUGAUGAAAAGUAACCUCUUCCUCACUGUCAAGAGGUUGCCGCCACAGCCUGUAGAACAAGGUACCAGCAGAUUCACUACCCUACUGUACUGCACACUAGGGUUGAAUGGCGGGAACCCGGUUACCGAGAUUUACUGGGAUUUACAGCCCAAAACCACUCCCUUUUCCCAGGAUAAAUAACUGCGAGAAACGGGUAAAUUAUAAUAAAUUAUUUAUAUGAACAGCAGGCGUAAAAUGGAACUGUUAAAUUAUAUGUAAUGUCUAAAUCUGGCUUCUCUACGGCCUCUGCAUGAUGAAUCAAUGCUCAGAGUGGGGACAGACAGCCCAUCUCAGUAUGGAGCGCAGUUCACAAUGCAUGUAGACCCUAUCAUCUCAUCAUGGUAGGCCUACAUUUGCUGAAGCAUAGCCUUUGAUACAGUAAUAUUAAGACCGAAUGCGCAUCUAAUUUAUCUCCAUCUGGCUUUCGGGGGUCACCUUGUUUUUUUAAUUGUAAAGAUUAUACUUUUUUAAAUUGCAGGUGCAGAGUUUUAAAACAGCCUAUCACUCGAAUAUCGUUGCUUUAAAUCAGUGCACGCGAGAACACUCUCUCGCAGUCUUUCUCUCUCUCCAUCACCUCCAUUCAAAUUGCAUCGAAAAUAGAUAAUCCUGUUCUAGAUUUAUAUAUAGCCCUAUAUAUUGAUGUCAUAGCCUACCUCUUCCAGGUAAUACAUUCAAUGCAGUAUUAGUCUUAUAUUUAGCUAAUUAAUGAUGGGUUAUACAUAAUAAGCUUCUAAUUUAUAGCCUCUGUCUCUUGCGCAAUAUGCAAAAACACCUGUGCUCUGCUGGCCUCUCCUUAAAAAACGCUCCUUAGCUCUUGGAGUCCCAUGCAGGAAAAGCUAGACUAGAAUAGCUUGCUGGACCACAUUUUUUAAAAGCAUUUCUUAUACCAAUAGACUAUUCGAAGAGGGACGCAAGCUCUUUUUUGCUGAGUGUUAAAUACUGCAGCCAAUAGAACUCAUGGAUAGUUUGAAAGAAGAGUGAACGCGCGAUGGCGGUAGGAUAUAGCAGUUAUUUAUUCAGACCCAUAACCAUUCAAUCUUCGUGAAGAGAAGUGAAAGCGUCUCUAAUUUUAGUCCUAUAUUAUUCAAGGAUGUCUUUUAGAAUGAUUUAAGAUAAAUGAAAUAAGUUUCGUUGUCCUUAACUGUUGAAAGCGAAGAAGGAAUGAAGCAACAAUAGUGAAACAGGAGGUAGGCUAAUAACAUAAGGGGAAUUUUUAUGAACGGUGUAUAUAUGCAUCAGCCUACUAAUUAUAUAAAUAGGCCUAAUUCACUAUCCUAUACUUGUAACUUUGUAGGCCAGAUGUGCUGCACCAGAAUCACAUGUUCUCUUCAGCUUUAUCAUGGCUUGAACUAUGUGUGUAAUUUCAGUCCAUAUAAUACAAUGCAAUACAGUAAUACAGUUCACACUCAAAAAGAUUAGCCUACUGGAGCUAGUUUCAUUUAUUUACCCAAGAGAGCAUAUAGCUAGCUACAUCUAUGGGCUUUUAUGUUUUUCUGUCGUGCGUAAUGUGCAGUAGCCUAUCAUAUAUGUAUUGGAUUUUUGGGCUUGGGCUCAUUAAAUGUAAUUAAUGUAAGGCUCAUAAAAUGUAUUAAAUAUAUGGCUUAUCAGGCUCCGGUAGCAUCAGGUUUGAAUUUUCAUGCUAAUCAAAUCUCUAAUCAAAUCCAGACAUAUUUAUAUGCUUUAUAAUGCUUUUGAAUGACCCUUCCGGUUUUGGCGGGAAAUACCGGGUUACCUGGGAGAAAAGUGAUUUAUUCUCUGGGUGGAACAUUUUGUAAAAUACAGGGUAAAUAUUCAACCCUACUGCACACAUACUGCACACCUGACAGAAUGGCUCUUGCUUUCCUAAGUUACUAACCCUUGUGUCCUGUUCCUAGAUGGAGUCCUGGACCUGUCACUCAAAAAGGGACGGGCCAGAAGCAGCACAUCAUCGCUCCGCAGCCCUCACCUUUCCCAGACGUCCACCCUUAGAGGGUAAGACAAACUUCCUGUUUCUACUUCCUGUAGGGCUUUACCAUAACUCACUCCCCAACCUGUUCAAACAACAGUUUAUAACAACCUGUAGGAGCUCAUGAAGUGAUGGUCACCAACUCUGGUCCUGGAGAGAUGCAGGGUGUGCAUGUUGAUUUGACUGUGUGACAACAUUUAAAGUGAUUUCACAUGUGCAUCUUCAAGAAGGACAUCUUGAAGGAAAUGCUUUGGUAUCAGGAGACAUUAUAUACAUUAUUAUUAUUAUUGGAUUCCUUUUAAAUACACAUGUAGUUAAGAUUCCAAUGGAUUUAAGAAAUAAGCUAAAUAAACCCCUAAUCAGUAGAGCUUUCCAUUGUACUAAUUACACAACGUUGUGUUCAAUUAUUUACAUUGACCUUAAUUUCAAGGUCAAAAAUAAUUUUAAAUCUAUAAUUCUGUAAACUCUGUUGUGUUUUGCCCUAGGGCAAUGCCUCGUGAUAUCAUCACACAGUGGUAUGGACGUUAGUGCAUUUGAAAUGGAACGCGCCGUAAUUCAGUUUUAAUUUGGAUUAAUUAAGCGCCAGUUGCUCCGCUCUCUAGCUGCCCUCCUCUCUUUAGGAGGAGCGGAAAGAGGGAGGGAGUGGGAGGGGAGGGGAGGAAGAGAGGGAGUGACGGGAGAGAGCCAGCUGCUUGUGAAUAUCUCGUUCAGAAUGUACAGCUCUGUAUGCAGAGAUCCACAGAUGUAUAGGUCCAUAUAUCUAGUAUCUACCACUCUCUCUUUCUCCCCUCUCUCUCUCUGAUAUAUUUCAAAGCUGAGAGGUGAGAUGGAGAACUGAUUGAAGGUGGUGGGAAUGUUUAGAAGUGCAAAAAAAGCAGACGCCUGUCAAGUCAAAAUAUGAUAUUGGCUUACGCCUCCUAGUGCAUUAGCAACAGUUAGCAACAGUUAAGCGCAUGCUUAUUUUAUUUGCCUCUGUGUCCGUCAUUAUGUCAUCACAAAUCGCCUUAUCACAAAUCGAUCAAUCAUUCACCCGUCAAUUUAAUGUUGGCAUGUUCAAUCAAUAAGACCUGAUGAUUUGCUAUGUUCCAUCACACAUACUGUGUGUGCCUUCUUGAGUGAUAACCUUGCAGAUAAGUAUUUCCGAUUUUUUUUUCUUACAGUAACAAUAUUACUCAGGUUGAUGUUUUGAGUGUUUAUGUGCAGUAAGUAGCCCUAUAACAUCCCAUACUACUCAGGUUGAUGUUUUGAGUGUUUAUGUGCAGUAAGUAGCCCUAUAACAUCCCAUACUGAUGCAGGUUGAUGUUUUGAGUGUUUAUGUGCAGUAAGUAGCCCUAUAACAUCCCAUACUGAUGGCUUACUCUUUUAUUGCUGUGCUUGUUCAGUGGUAACGUCACUCACUAAGGGCUAUAGCUACGUUAGCAUUAGUCAUUUGGUAACACAGUCAUCGUGCCCUGCUCUGCUAUUAAAUGCCAGACUGCCUUACUGCAAUGACCAACAUGCCCUCCUCCCUCCCCUGCCCUAUCUGAACAGGGCUAAUGACCAACAUGCCCUCCUCCCUCCCCUGCCCUAUCUGAACAGGGCUAAUGACCAACAUGCCCUCCUCCCUCCCCUGCCCUAUCUGAACAGGGCUAAUGACCAACAUGCCCUCCUCCCUCCCCUGCCCUAUCUGAACAGGGCUAAUGACCAAUAUGCCCUCCUCCCUCCCCUGCCCUAUCUGAACAGGGCUAAUGACCAACAUGCCCUCCUCCCUCCCCUGCCCUAUCUGGACAGGGCUGGACAUUAUUAACUUUUUCUUAGAUUUUCUAUUUUUCUUUUGAUUUAUUUUCUUUGCCCUGCAUAUCCUUUUAUUUUAUUUUGUUUUCUUAUUGUUAUGUUGACUGACGCAUAAUUUGUAAUAAAAAUAAAAUGCAAAGCCAAAAUAAACACAUGAGCCUUUUUUGUUCUUAAAAGGAGCACACACUCACACACAUAUGAUGUUACCUAAGCAAGAUAAAGUGAUGUUACCUAAGCAAGAUCAACCAAUAAAGGAGUGGCCAACAUCCUCCCUUCCCCAACCCAUCCUCCCCUAGAGAGAGAGAGAAUAAAGCACUGUGCAAGCUCUGCUUACACCCAAUUUCCUUCCAUCCAAUCAGGCGUUCCCUGAGUGCUGACGGACAGGCCGGGCUGCCUAUGUGGAGCCUGCAGGAUGGGAGGAGGAGGAGGAGGGAGAAUUUCAGCCACUCCGUCCCUUUAAAGCCCACCUCACCUCUCUGUCAUGCCCUGCACAUCAAACAGGAAGUGAACCAGGAUUCCGAUCCAGAGUUGUCUCCCAACCACAACCAGACGUCCAGACCCUUCGACCACCUCUCUCUCCUUUCCAGGUACGGCUCUCCGUCCUGGGCCUCCAAGACCCACUUCGGGGCCCUCCUAAAGCUCCGGGCCAACAGCGGAGCUGGGGACCACCUCAAAGACCUACCCAGCUUGCUGGAGGCUGCGGGGCUCUUCACGAAGUCCCCCUCCUGUGGGAAGGCAGUCCUCCAGGAGGCCCCGAGAGACCAGGGGCUCUCUCUGUCCUACUCCCCGACCGUCGGCCUCAAAAUCCCCCAGGUGAGAGGCCUAGGAGGCCUAGGGGUGGACCUCUCCUGGGGCUCCCUGAGCUCUGAUCCCUACAGCCUCCCCAGCCACCACUGUGAGAACAGCCUGGGGAAGAGGCAGAGGUCCAUCCUGCCCAAACACGGCCGCCGGGGAAGCAGUGGAGGAGAGAGGGAGUACUUGGGUUCAUCCGACGCAGACCGCCCUGCCUCUGGGGGGCUGUACCCUACCUCUGAGCCCGAGGCAGACCUCAGCAACAAGCAGCUGAGGAAGAAGAGGGGACGAUACCGUCAGUACAACACAGAGCUGCUAGAGGAGGCUAUAGGAGUGGUGAUGGGGGGGAAGAUGAGCGUGUCCAAGGCUCAGACCGUCUAUGGGAUCCCUCACAGCACUCUGGAGUAUAAAGUCAAGGAGCGCCUUGGCACCCUGAAACACCCGCCCAAGAAGAAGCUGAAGCUGAUGAGCCGCAUGGAGGAACUGGAGGAUACGGAGGCCCCAGAGGGCCAAGAAGCUGUGGAUGCACCCCUGGACCUUCUGGAGUCUGUGUCAGUGUCCGGAGAGAACGGCAGGCUCAGUACAGGCCACUCACCAGACGAGUAA